AUGGAGUCAUUGCAAUCUACAACUAUCGAUUUACACGUUCAAAGCCCGUCUCAGAUCUCGACCUAUGCAAAACUCGAAUCUCAAGGAGAAUACGACAAGUGGCCCCUGAUCAACUAUGGUCGAUCAGAAUCUAAAUCAACUCAAGAACUUCUCUUCGACGCUGCCUCAGAGAAACAUCUAGAUAUGGCUCGACAAAAAUGGGAACUAUUCAAGGGUGCGGUUGAAAAUGAAAGCCUUUCGAAGCAUAAAGUGAAGAAAAUUAUCGGUACUCUCGAUGAAGAUAAAGAAUGGGCAGCUCUUCAUUAUGCUGUUUACUGUAAUAAUCUGAGCUUAUGUGAUAGAUUAACAUCCAAACUAGACAAAUAUCAAUGCGAUGUUAACAUUCUCGGUGGCGAUGGUGAAAAUGUUUUGCAUAUAGUAUCUCAAUCGACUUGUAUAUGGGGAGAUGCAGGAGAUGGAACCAUUAAGGAAUUUCCAGAUAUAAUCAAAUUACUUGUUGAAGACCAUCGUGCCGAUGUCAAUCACGCAGAUGAUGAAGGUCACACACCAUUGCAUAUGGCUGCAAUGCGAGGUCGACUUCGCUAUAUCAAGUAUUUGAUUCAUCAUGGAGCCAAAGUUGACGUAGACGGUGAGCAUCAAUUACCUCUGCUGGCAGUUGGAGCUGAAGAACAGGACAAUAUCUUACAUAUUUGUGCUAAGCGUCAAGUAUCAAUUGAUAUUCUCGAUAUGAUCAUCAACAAACUCUCUACUCGCAACAUCGCAGAAUUAAUGCAAACGAAAGACAGUAGUGGUAACCUUCCAUUGCAUUUAGCGGCUCAGAUAAACACUGAAGACGAAUUGAAAAUUUGGAAAGAACUAAUCAAGAAAAAAAACGUUUCACCAAUGUUCAACUUGUUAUUGAUCAAAAAUCGUCGAGGCAAUACAGUGGCUCAUGAGGCGAGUGAACACGGAAAUUUGCGUAUUCUCAAAUUCAUGUGGGAACCGCUUUUACCAGACAAAGAGCACGCUCAUACGAAAGUAUUUUAUGCAACAGACGACGAUAAUAGAUUUACUUGUUUACAUAUAGCGGCUAAGAAUGGAGGUGGCAAGGAACUCGAACUGCUCAAAUAUUUGAUUGAAACUGUGGGUAUAGAAGUUGAUGUCAUUGGUGAUCGACGACGCACUCCACUCCAUCUUGCUUGUGAAUAUGGACAUCUUGAUGUCGUCAAGUAUCUGAUCGAGAAGGGUGCCUCAACCACAUUACGCACCGCACAACUUUUAAAUUGUCUCGAAAUUUCUAUUCAAAAGCAGCAUGUGAAAAUGGUCAAAUAUCUUUUAAAGCGUCCCGACUGGCGAGGAAUGAUGCGCAAUGCACAACUCAUCGAAGGGACCGACGCUUACGAUACACCAAUGCGAAAACUCAUUCGUUAUAUGCCUGAUGUAGCUCUUUGGACAAUAGAGAAAAAACUAACACGAAAAGUUGGUGGUGCAGGUCAAAAAGUAUCCAAGGAGAUCUACGAUUAUGAAUUCUACGAAGACAUGAAUACAGUCAAAGAUUGGUAUGCACAAGGUCUCGCUGUUGGUGAAAUUCCAACUUUAAUGGAUGAAGGUACUCUUUGGCGCGAUACGAUGCUCUACAAUUUUGUGUCAGACGGCGAAAUCUUACGUUUACAAUUUCUUCGACUCAUGAGAUUCUUAAGUUGCUACCAAUUGACGCGAAUACCAUGUAUGAUUCCCCGGCCUAUUAUCAUGUUAACGUACGAUGAAAGAGCACAUGGUUGGUUCGAAAAAGCAUGGCAUUACACAAUGAAACAUUUCUUUGAAGAAAAAAUUCAGGAUGAUGUCGAACUCAAAAUACCAUCAAAAAAGGAAGCCAAAGAACAUCAGGAAGAGAAAGAAAAUUGA